AUGACUUCAAGUGAUAUUUCUACUGAAAUUCGGUAUAUACCAAACAUGCUUUCUAAACAUAAGAAGGAUGGUCAUAGUGAUGACAGCGACAUUAUCGAUGAUGAUACAAUGAUGUCUAUUCUUUCUGACCAAACAUCAUACAAUACACAAACUGAUAAAUCGCAAUUCAAUACAGAUGAUACCAAUUUGGCAACAAUUGACGGCCCUACGACUGAUGCUGCAACUGCACAAAAUGCUAUUUCGCCACAGAUACGAUAUGGACACCUGGACCGUCGCAUACCCCAUCCAGAGCUUUUGGAACGUUAG